CAUAACUGUUAACAGUUACAUAUCAAUUUUUGUUUUCUUAGUGACUCUUGAAUCGAAUUAGUUUACGAUUAGCUUUCUCUUUGGUCUAUUUCAACGUUGAUUAUAAUAAUUAUCAAGUGAUUUGUGCUUAAUUUAUCCCAAUCGUGCUUUAUAUUAAUCAUGGAAGGCACAGCAAUCAAAACUGGUGAUGGCAAAAGUGGACCACCUUUACAAAGGAAAAAGGAGUCGAUUGUUGACCUGGCUAAAUUUAUGAAUAAACCUGUAAGAGUUAAAUUUCAAGGAGGUCGUGAAGCUACCGGUAUAUUGAAGGGUUUUGAUCCAUUGCUAAAUCUAGUCCUGGAUAAUACGAAAGAAUUUUUAAGAGACCCAGAUGAUCCGUUUAAAAUUACGGAAAACACUAGAGAACUUGGAUUAAUUGUUUGCAAAGGUCCGUCCGUGGUUGUUAUCUGUCCGGUUGAAGGGAUGGAACAGAUACCAAAUCCAUUCAUUUCAAAUUAAUGCUUUCACAUCAACAAACAAAUUCAUCAUUUUUAAGAUACAUUUCCGUUUUUAUUCAAAUGUGAUCUACUAAGUUAACAAUCUCAAGAUUAUAAACUUGAUAAUUCAAAUUUGAAUGGUCAUUGCUAUCUUCCAUAAAUAUCUCGAACCAUUUUCUCAAGCAUCGUUAAUCAAUGUUUGAGAUUAUCGCUGUUUAAAUUUCAAUCUAUCCACACUUGAUAAACAAAAUCAAUACAAAAUGUUCAACCCUAAAA